ACAGCUAUGGCAUAACUUUGAGCCUGUAACAGCGGACACAAACCUGUAGCUCCCGGCUGAGGAGCACUGGCUGAGUGUAAAAAGAUCCACAGUUGACCCGAUGAGACUAAAGAAUGUGAGACUCUCAGUGAAGUUGGAGGAAAACACUCCCAUGGCUUGGAUUAGGACACAGACACAUUCCUGGUCAACUGUGAAUGGGAGCGCUCAACAAAAAGCCCCUCCUGGACUGCUAACAACACUAAGUGUCCUGAGGAGUCAGCGUCGUCUGUACGGACAGUAGAAACCUUGAGUCCUGAGGAUCAAGCUUUACCUCAAGGCCUUCCAUAAUGAGAGACCGCUUGGAGGAGCUGCAGCAGAGGGCUCAGGAGUUCUCUGAGGCAGCGAGCGACGGCAACCCUUUCACAGAGGAGGGCGACGGUGAUGACCCGGCAGCGGUUGGGGUCAUAACGCCGCAGGCUGUGGUGUUCGAGGAGGAACCGAUCAUUGAGAAUUUCCUGACGGAGGCUCAGCGUAUCCGCGAUGACAUCACAGAGCUGGAGACCGAGGUUCUUAAGUUCACCCAACAGCAGAGGACCUUGGUGGCAACUAUGCGUCGUUUCAGUGUGAUGAAGAAGGAGAGCAGCAUAACCCGGGACAUCAAGCUUCAGGCCGAAAGUCUCCACAGGCGCCUGGACGCCCUCUCAAAACAGGCUCAGAGAACUGAGGAGCAGCAGGGACCUGCUGCAGUCACAACAAGAAUCCAGCGCUCCCAGCAUGCAGCGCUGCACCGCCAGUUCCAACAGGUAAUGCGACGGUAUAAUGAAGGCUUGCUGACCAAGCAGGAGCGCUGUAAGCACUUCAUUAUCCGCCAGCUGGAGGUAUCAGGAAGGGAGGUGACGGAAGAGGAGGUGAAUGAGAUGGUCGCCACGGGAAAAUGGGAGGUCUUCAACGAGAAUCUGCUGAAUGAUGCCAGGAUCACCCGGUCACAACUGUCUGAGAUUGAACAGCGACACAAGGAGCUGUUGAACCUGGAGAGCAACAUGAAGGAGCUGAGGGAUUUGUUCAUGGACAUUUUCAUGCUGGUGGAGGAACAAGGGGCUUAUAUUGACCACAUCCAGACUAAUGUAGAGAGGACUCAGGAUUAUGUGAUUGUCUCCAAUGAAAAAUUCAAGAUGGCCGCCAGGUACAAGAAGAAGAACCCGCUUCGACAGCUGUGCUGCUGCUGCUGCCCUCCCUGGAGAUGCUGCUUAUAACACAGAGAUUCAUUGGAAACUGAUGUUUUGGUCAAUGGACAAUAUUGAUACUGGACCUUGGUGAUACGGAUCAAAAGUGUCAGUUUAGGGUGAGUGAGACUAUAUCCAAGUCUGACAUCAGGUCCUGCUGUUGAACAGAACAAUGAAAACAGAUUCAGCAGAACACACACAACAAUGAAAAGUAAAGGCCACUACCUGUAUUUGAAGCACUUGAUUUCCACAGGAGGAGGCGAAGCGACUGCUGCUGUGAGUGCUGCUCAUCAGCUGUGCUGUUUAUUGGAGACCUUCCCUGUCAUCUGACAGAGGUCACAAAGCAGAGGCCACUGCCAUGGACUGCUACAGUAGAUUAGAAAGACUGAUGCUUCACAUAGCUCUUGAGAAAUGAAAUACUCUUACUUGCUGAGUCUAUCACAAAUAUUUAAUGACCACUCAUUUUUGUAUGGACAUGUGCUCACACAGUUGGUUUGUAAAUGUAUUCAGCACACAGUCAAAUUUAGCUUAGGGGAAGCAUUUCGCAUUCGGAGAGAUUUUGAGCCAUUGCAUAAUCAACCAUUAUAUUGUAGGCCGUACACAUCAGAGCUUGUGUAGAUAACUUUUUGAGUGGACGGACUCUUUUCAAAGUUUUUAAUUCAAACAGUUCAAACAGCACCCACCUGAGAUUCAGCACCCUGGCCAUGUCACUCCCACUACAUUCAUUCUUGUGCUAAGCUAAAUUACUAUAGCUAAAGUAGGAUAGGCAGAGUUUUUCUGAGGAGGGGAAGCAAGCAUGCACGGCAGUGGUGCACAUACGUGUGCACGAGACGUGACUAGACUAAGACUGUGAUGUUUCCUUGAGGCUACUGGUUGUUUGAUUCAGAUUUUAACGAAUGAGAUAACCUCCCCAAGAACAGCCUGGAACACCAGAUUUUUUCCUCAGUGAGUUUCAUUUGGCUCGGACUCUCCGGGCAUAAUGGUGAUUUGUCAGAAUUAUGAAGAAAAAAGUUACCUACACAAGAUUUAAUGAUUUAAAACCUUGUUCUACAAUUCAUGAUGUCUCAUUUGCAUUACAGAGGAUGAACAUUUUAUGUCCAAACUUUCAGUGAAACAAUGUAGCACAGCAAUCCACUCUCAAAAAAUCUGAGAUUCAAGCAACACUCCGCAAACUUUGAUUAAAACAUUCUUGGAAAUGAAUUUAGUUGCAAAGUGGCCUAUCCAAUAAUUGAAAAGGUGUUAAAAUGAUUGCUGGCAUGACAAUAAAGCUGUGGAAUACCACUGGAGUCA